AUGGUAUUAAGACUGGCAGAAAUGCCCUGGGGAAUGAGGGAUGUUAUGGAGCAGAUAUGGAUUGUUUUGGAUAAGUUGCAUUUCCAGAUAAGGCAUAUUUACAGAGAGGCCAAUGUCAUUGCUGAUUUUUUGGCCUCUUUUGCUGUGCAGACUGGCAGAUGUCAUGAGUUUUCUGAGAAUGAUGUGCUGCCUUUUGAUGGGAGAUUGCUUUUAUAG